CGGCCUGGAGCCCGGCGCAUGGCUCCUUGAUCUGUUUGUUGAACUUGAUCUGUUCAGUUUCAGUGAUUCUUUAUUUUUAAUUUUGGCAGUUCGCAGGAGAAAUUUGGCAGGACAAUGCACUUAGAAUUAAUUCUACAUAUUAUGUCAUGUUGAAACUCAGUUAAUUAUAUUGCAUAUUAUGUCAUGUUGAAACUCAGUUAAUUAUGGUGCAUUUUAACUGAAAUAUGGUGGUAAGCUCACCCCAACAAAGGAGGAGGUAACCACACUCACUUGGCUCUCCAACCAGAGGCAGAAUGAAACGGUUCUACUCUAGUGCACUCUCCAACCAAACAAAAAAUGGAGCGGCUCCGUUCUCCUUAACAAACGUAGAACGGAGCGGCUCCAUUCUCAGAAAUUGGAAUGGAGCCAUUCCAUUCAAGUUGGCUCCCCAACCAAACACACCCUCAAUCUCUCGGCUCCCUAGUCCCUAGACCGGACCGGCAGGCGGCGGCACCUCCGUGCCUGGAGGCCGACGCGGUCAGAGCACGGGGCCCCGGAGGCUUGUCCUGGACCGCCUGCGAGGCUGCAAGCACAAGAGCAGGAGCACAAGAUAUUAGGAUGGAUGAAGUUACACAAGCUGUUGAAAACCUGAAGAAAGAAUGGAGCCAAGCGGUUUCACAGCUUGAGGAGAGCAUUGCUGCAAUCAAAUCAUGUGGAAAAUCAGGGAAAGGGACAGAGGAAGCAAAUUCUCUUCCAAGGCUGAAUGGUUCUGCGCAGGAUGCUCUGCAAUUGCUCAAGUCACUGCAGUUUCGGCUUGAUCUUCUAGCACAGCAGCUACCCACUUUUGAAGAAGUGCAGUCCGGCCAAGCAACCUUAGAGUCAUGGGAUGAACAAUACAAGAAGCUGCGUGCUAGUCUGAGGAAUGCUAACUUACAAGCGAAAGAGAACAUUAGAAAAGCUGCUCAAGAGGAGAGGGAGCUUCUUCUUGGGGGUGGAGAAGAGUCUACCAUCCGCAGGCGUAAUCUCCAGACAAAGGCUGGGAUGACAUCUGCUGCUGAAAGUAUCACCGAGAGCCUCCGACGGUCUCGCCAGAUGAUGGUUCAGGAAGUGGAAAGAAGUGCAAGUACCUUGGCAACAUUUGAUGAAUCAACAAGUGUUCUCCGGAAGGCUGAAGGUGAAUAUCAAGGACACCGCUCUUUGCUGAUGCGUACCCGUGGUUUGCUCUCCACGAUGCAACGGCAAGAUGUUCUUGAUAGGGUCAUCCUGACUGUGGGCUUUACCUUUUUCUCCUUGGCGGUUCUCUAUGUUGUUUCAAGACGUAUUGGUCUGUUGACGUUGCAAAGGAAACUGGCUGAUGCCAUCAGAUCAGGUUCAUUAUCAGCUGAGGACAUCGUAGCAAAAGCCCAGCCUGGACCUGCUGCAGCUAAUGUCCCAGCUCCCGCCCCUCCCAUUUAUGAUGAACUGUGAUUCGCUUGUCCAUGAUUUUAUACAUGUGUAUCCAGAUUCCAGAAACAACUGUUAAGAUGUACGCUAGCGAGUUUGGGAAGGUUCUCCACUGGCGGAAUGAAUUAGAUGCCCCGCUGCAGCAUGGGAAGGUCUUCUCCUGAAUGAAGUAUAGUGCAGUUGAUUUUUUUUUGGGACAUUUAUUUAUACCAACAGCACCAAUACGGUUCAGAUAGUACCUUGAUGCAGAUGCAUAAUUGUCCCAUCCCUCUAUUGAAGUUUGAUGAGGUGGUCUA